CUCUGUCUGCCCCGCGGCCUGGCUGGACACCCGCCCUUGAGAGCCUGGACGUCCCUUGGAGGGCAGAACCCCGGAGCGGGGGCGGCGGGCCGGGGCGCGGCCGGGGCAGAGUGAGCCCACAGCCCCCGUUGGGCAGCGGUAAGGCCCAGUGCCGGCGCCGGGGGUGCAGAAGGGAAUCGGAUUCAGCGCCUCCAAAUAGUUCCCCAUGAGGACGCGAAUGGCUGUUGCAACCGCGUGCGGGCAGACAGGGGGCGCCGGAAGUGCAGUGCCGUGGCAGCUACGCCUCAGAAACUCGCAAAGACAUCCUGGCUGGAUUUUACACCCUUCAAGCCUGUGAUUUGAUUCUUGAAGAUCCAGCACUUGCAGUGAUCUGAGACAAUCUGGCUGCUCCAUCUACAGUCCUGCAACGGGCAGUCUGAACACCACACAGACCUCCUUUACCACCACCUCCCUCCCCAGCCCUGCCACCUGCUGGGAAGCAUCAGUGACGGACCCAGCUGGGACCAGGCAGAUUAUCUCUCUAAGGAAUCUGGAUUUGGACCAUGCAGACUGAUCCAGCCAGCAGUGAGGAGAUGACUUAGAAGACGGUCAAUUCGAGCGCAGAGGCCACUGUUUGGAAUGGCCGGAGUGGAGCCAUGGCAAGUGGAUGAUGAAGGUGACUCCCUGGUGCCUGAGAGCGAACAGAGGAGGACUGGACGCAGGAGUGAGACACCAUGGAGUCCAGCUUCACCUCCAAGGACACCUACCCGACCCAUUUUAACCCUCGGGUUUACCUAGAAAAAUACUACAGCUUUGGGUCCAAACACACCGCAGAAAGUGAGAUUCUUAAGAAUGUUCUGAAAAACCUUUUCAAGAUAUUCUGCAGAGAUGGCAUGAAGGGGGACCUCCUGAUCGACAUCGGCUCUGGCCCCACCAUCUACCAGCUCCUCUCUGCUUGUGAAUCCUUCAAGGAGAUCAUUGUCAGUGACUACAGCGAGCGCAACCUGCAGGAGCUGGAGAAGUGGCUGAAGAAGGAGCCGGGGGCCUUCGACUGGUCCCCAGUGGUGGCCUACGUGUGUGAGCUUGAAGGGAACAGAGUCAAGGUGCCGGAGAAGGAGGAGAAGCUGAGGCAGGCGGUCAAGCAGGUCCUGAAGUGUGAUGUGACUCAGAGCCGGCCACUUGGCUCUGUCUCCCUGCCCCUGGCCGACUGUGUGCUCAGCACGCUGUGCUUGGACGCUGCCUGCCCAGACUUACCUACCUACCGCGCAGCCCUCAGGUACCUCGGCAGCCUGCUGAAGCCGGAGGGCUUCCUGGUGGUGGUGGAUGCCCUGAAGAGCAGCUUCUACAUGGUUGGCGAGCAGAGGUUCUCCAGCCUCGUCCUGGGCCGGGAGGAGAUCGAGGCUGCCAUGAAAGAGGCUGGCUACUCCAUCGAGCAAUUCGAGGUGCUCCCUCAAGGGUACUCCUCCACCAUAUGCAACAAUGAGGGGCUGUUCAUCCUGGUGGGGCGGAAGCUGGGCCGUUGUGCGUGAAAGCUGGUGAUCCCAAUUAAAGCAGUGCUUCUCUUGGCC